GUUUGGCCAAGUAGGGGCCUGAGGAUUAGGGAGACACAGACGGAGAGAAACAAAGACCUUAGAAGCUGAAGGGGAAGCUGGGAGGGAUGCCCAGGAGAGAGAGUCCUCAGGAAAAGGCCCCAGAGGACCUGAAGGAGAAGAAGGAGAAGGUGGAGGAGAAGGCAAGCCGGAAAGAGCGAAAGAAAGAAGUGGUGGAGUCUCCCCUCCCAUUGGUGGUAAUGGUGGGCAGGGCAUGCAGCCAGCCUGAGGCUACUCCCUCUCCUGGUCCCCACAGGAGGAGGAGAACGGGGCUGAGGAGGAAGAAGAAGAAACUGCUGAGGAUGGAGAGGAGGAAGAUGAAGGGGAAGAAGAAGAUGAGGAAGAAGAAGAAGAGGAUGACGAAGGGCCCGCGCUGAAGAGAGCUGCCGAAGAGGAGGAUGAAGCUGAUCCCAAGCGGCAGAAGACAGAAAAUGGGGCAUCGGCGUGAGCCCCUGCCAACAGGCUGGGGUUGGGAGGCCUCUCUGGGCCUGGAGGUGGGGGUGGGGGCAGACAAGUCCAGCCACUGUUCACCUGGCUCCCUGCUCUGGGCCCUGCACCAGAGCUGCCACCCUCUUCUUUCUCCCCAGCCUUCUCAUUUCCGCCUUUCCAGACACUGCGCCCUCCACCCUCACUCUGCCAUUGUUCCACCUCCUGACCUGCUCCAUCUGAGCUCCCCAGCUGGCCCCCAAUUGCUCCUCUCUCUCUUUGCUCUCUUUCUCCCUCCCCUACCAGCCCCAUCCUUCCUCUGGUAGCCUCUCCCACCUAACCUCUGCAUCCCCCAGCCUCAUGUCCUGCCCCAUCCCUAUCCUGCCUGACCCCUGGAUCUCCCUCAGAUCCCCUCUUCUCAGACAGCGCCAGGCCGGGGUGGGGCCGGGGUUGGGGCCGAGCCCCACAGCUGCCCCCCUCCCCUCCCUUUUUGUAUAAUUUAAUAAAGAAAUGGUCGCGCUUCUGUUUUUAA